AUGGCCGCCAUUCUACGCUUCCUCUGUACGGUGCUACCGCUCUUUUCAUUGCUCGCUCUUGAUUCGGUGAUCCCAACCUCGUCUGCAUUUGUUGUGAUGCAGGGAUAUUCCUUGGAAGAGUAUGAAGAGGCAAAGUGUCUAGAUGGAUCGCCGGGCAUGUAUUAUUAUGCUCCUGCAGCUUCUGUUGCCUCAUCCAACAGGUGGUACAUUGAAAUGCAAGGUGGUGGAUGGUGCCACAGCGUAGUAAAGUGCACAGAGCGAAGCAAAACCUCAUGGGGAACAACAGCACAUGACAAUCCCACCCUACGCAGAGCACAACCCUUUUUCAAUGAUGAUCCAGCUAUCAAUCCUCUAAUGCAUGAUUGGAACAAAGUCUUCUUUCGAUAUUGUGACGGUUUUUCGUUCAGCGGGACUAUUGCGGAGCCACUAAUUGGGGAUGGUGGGACCGAGUUGCAUCUCAGAGGAUUUGAUAUUUUGCAAGCAGGAAUGGCAGAUCUGUUUGCCAAAUGGAACAUGGAUUUGGCAACAGAUGUUGUUAUUGGGGGGUGCAGUGCUGGUGGCUUGUCAAGUCUGUUGCAUUGUGAUCGCUGGGCAGAUUUCUUACCACAUGCCAAGGUUGCAUGUGCCCCCGAAUCUGGAUUCUUCCUUGAUUACAAUCAGACUGAUAGGCUUACCUAUGGAGACCUCAUGAGAGAUGGCAUGGAGCUUCACCAUCCAGUCUUGCCCACAAGUUGCACCGAGCAGGAAAAUGACACAUCCAGAUGUGUUUACGCUGAACAUGUUUCGCGGCACAUCCAAACGCCCAUCUUUGUAAUGCAGUCUCUUUAUGACAAUUGGGUUAGGGGUGCAGUGAGUCUCAGCAACGGGAAUGUAGCAGCCAUUGAAACAUUUGGUGCCCUUGUCAAGGAUACGGUCCUUCACAUUACAAAGAAUCAGUCAGUGGUCAGUGAUCAGAACGGAGUCUUUCUCCUCUCAUGCGAGUUUCACUGUGGAGGCAAUGACAUUGAGAUCGAUGGUCUCAACAAGCCAGAGGCCCUCAAAUUGUGGUACGAGCAACAAGACAUGACCAACGUGUACCUGCAAGAAGAAACGUACCAGUGCGAGGGAUGUUGUUUAGCUCCUUCUCCAACUGGAGUUCCAACAGUGCCUCCAACAAGUCAAACCCCUACUACAAGCCCUACGGCAAGCCCCAGCCAAUCUCCCACCAGCAGUACAAGACCCAGUCAAGUUCCCAGCACAGCACCCAGCCUCCACCCAUCUGGAAUGCCAAGUGGAUCAUUUAGCGUGGAUCCAUCGUCAGUGCCAAGUCGAUCACCAACUGGAAUGCCCAUUGGAGCCUCGAAUCCCCCCAUUGGAAAACCGAGCCAGAGCUCGAGCCCCGGUGUGACGCCUGUUAGCAUCUUGCCAAGUCAAAGUCCCAGUGCAACUCCCUCGGGGCAGAAUCUGCGGGCUGGUGACUCUGAUCUGGCCGGGCAUACGGACGAAACUCCGAAACGAAAGUCGAUAGUGUUUCCUUUGCUUGUUUCCACAUUAUGCUAUUUGGUUGUCCUGGCGGUGGGAGCCCUCCUGUUCUUUGCCAACAAGAAGGCAAGCUCAGAAAACUUGUAA